CCUCCCUCACUCUUGUCAGAGUAGGAGCUUUAGGCAGUGCCUUCAACUCUGAGCUCAGGCAUCCUGGACCCUGUUUUUGCGGUUAAGGACUCUAAAGUGUUGUGGGUGUUGAUCAAGUUUUUCUCAACCUCCCUGGCUCUACCUCUUCUGCCACAAACGUCAGCAUGGUGGUAUCUGCCGACCCUUUGUCCCGCGAGAGGGCAGAGAUGAACAUCCUAGAAAUCAACAAGGAAUUGCGCUCCCAGCUGGCAGAGAGCAAUCAGCAGUUCCGAGACCUCAAAGAGAAAUUCCUUAUAACUCAAGCUACUGCCUACUCCCUGGCCAACCAGCUGAAGAAAUACAAGUGUGAAGAGUACAAAGACAUCAUAGACUCUGUGCUGAGGGAUGAACAGCAAUUCACAGAGAAGCUGGCAGAGAAGCUCAGGCAAGCUGAGGAGCUCGGGUGAGUAGGCCCCAUUGGGGGCAGGCAGAGGGGCAGGAGUGUGAAUCUCUGAAGUGCAGCAACUCAGCUGGGAGAACUAAGAGCUAAGCUGGGCCAUGACAAGGGCAGGCAUUUACAUGGCAGGCACAUGUCACACAAAUAU